UCUAGUUCGAACCCUAAACGCUCAUCCCUGGGUCUAUUUUCAUUUUGCAGAUAUUUUUUAGGACCUUUGUUUUUAUAAUCUUGCAAAGUUUCAUUAUUUAAUUAUGUUGCCAAGUGAAAUAAGGAUCCAAAUGGAGCGAAAAAUAGACAAAAAAUUAGAUAGCUUGGAGAAAUAUGUGCCAUUUAUAAACUAUAUUCUUGAAAUUGAUCGAAUAAAAUUCGAGAAGUUUAUAGAUAUCAAACACUGGAUUAUGGGACGAAAAAGACUUCCUAUGAAUGUGCUACAAAAGAUUGAGCAGUCCAUUUUAACACAGUACAGAAAUCUGUUUUAUGAUGGCGUGAAAUUUCCAAAACAUAUUAUGGAUAUUUUUGAUACAGACUCUAAAGUUAAGUGCUACAGAGUAAAUUUAUGUUCCGAUGAUGAAGAUAAUGCCGAGAAUUCGUCGGAUGACGAUGAUGAUGUUAUCAUCGUUUCAACAUCCCCUGCUCCACAAGAAGCUGUGAAGCCGAAAUCAGAUAAUAUCAGUCAGUGUGUGCAGGACGGAAAUCAUAAAUCACCCACAUCCACGCUAGAACACGGUGUAGUGGAUGAUCCGAUUUGUUUAGAUUCCGAUGAUGAUGAAGAUCAAAAUCAAAAGGGAGUGGUAGCCCAUAAAGACGAGUUUCUUGUUGAAGAGAAACUUUUUAAAAGAAGAGAAGAUUUUAUAAUUAAAAUUGAUGAUGACAACGAAGCCAAUAAAAUGCAAGAAGGCGAAGCUAAUAAAGCUGUUGAAAGAGAAGUGAACCAAUUUGAUGAAGUAAAUGAAGCAAAUGUUAUUCCAGAUGAGAUGCCAGCCAAUGAUGUUGAUCAAGAAAAUGAAGCAACUGCAAUUAAUGAUGAAAGCGCAGCUCUUGGCCUACAAAAUGUGGUAGAACAAGGAAACAAUGCCCAGCAAGAAGAAAUUAAUACAAGCGAAUUUUCAAAAUUCAGUACUUCUAAAGUUACCGAGACAAAUUUAGAGAAUCUGGAUAUCGAAAAGCUGGAAGAAAUCUAUGAUGAAUUAACAAAGGAAAAUGGAAUAGAUGUUAAGCACCUGUUAGAGAGUAUAGAAUUGAUCUCAUCAUUGGAUAAUGUAAAUAAGGCGUCUAAUGAAAGCGUUACUAAUUUUGCCGCACAAUACGAGAAUGUAUGUGUACCUACGUAUCCUCAAGUUCAAAUGCAAUUAACUGAAAUGCAACGCCACGCAUUUAAUAUGCAACCUGUGGCACAACGACCUCAGCCGUUUAAAUUAAACUUAAAGGAUCCACGGAUUGUCAGAUUACUAGAAAGAAAUAAAAAUUUGACAUUUGCUUCUACGCAAGUCACAAAUGACAAUAGCAAAAGUAAUUCCACAACAACAAGACAAGAACCAACAACAUAUGGUGAAUAUAAACGACUGAAAGCUGAGCAAACGAAGAAAGUAGAAGAGGCCAAGAGAGCAGAUGAAGCGAGAAAAGCGGAAGAAGCAAGAAAAGCUGAGGAAGCAAAGAGGGCGGAGGAAGCUAGAAGAGUAGAGGAGCUGCGAAGGGCAGAGGAAGCGAGAAGAGCAGAGGAAGCGAGAAGAGUUGAGGAAGCGAGAAGAGUUGAGGAAGCAAGGAGAGCAGAGGAAGAAAGGAGGGCAGAGGAAGCCAGAAGAGAAGAGGAAGCGAGAAGAAUAGAGGAAACGAAAAGAGUAAAGGAAGCAAGGAAAGCAGAAGAAGCAAGAAAUGCAGAGGAAGCUAAGAAAGCGGAAGCAUUGCAAAAAGCAGAGGAAAUACUAAAAGCCGAGAUAGGAAAGAGAGUGGAGGAAGCGUUGAAAGCUAGACAGGUAGAGGAAGCAAGAAAGGCAGCUGAAACGGCAAGGGUAGAUUUGGAAAAGAGAUUAGAAGAAGCGUCAAAAUUAAAGGAGGUAAAGAGCACCGAGUUAGAAAAGAAAACAGAGGAAGCAAGGAAGGAGGCGAUGAGAAACUCAAAUGAAAUUGGGAAUCAUUUAACCUCAUUCAGGACAAACAGAGUAGAUGCGCCAAACCAAAACAGCGAAGUUUCCAGUAGCUCUUCGCUAUCGAUUCUUUCGAAGUCUUCACAGUUGCCAUAUCGCAAUGAAUCACCUGUUGAACCGCAAACGGAUUUGAGAAGCAUCAUUUUGAAUACCAUACUGCCAUACGGUGAUAAGAUAUUAGAUGUUCUUAGGAGAGAGAAUACCUUACAGGUGCUAAGUGACACCGUUGCAAAAAUAAGUACGCCAGCAGUAAGUCAGAGGGAAGUUAAGCCUAUUUCAACGGUGAAUGAACGCAGGUUGUCGGAGAAAAGUUCCGAACAGAAAGGAAAAACUACAAGGGGAAGCGAUAUACAAACUCAUCAUUGUCAAAAAGUUCAUGCUUAUGACCAAAAAUCAAAUGAAAUUUUUUCGGAAGAGAAAAAAAAUCUAAAAAGGUCCCGCAAAAUAAAAGAACCUAAAAUUAAACCCUCUUAUAAAAGAAUACGAACGAUUUCAUCUUCUUCAUCGGUAUCCUCAUCGCUGUCAUCACCGACAUCAUCUCCAAUCUCGAAUGCGUCGUCCGCGCUUACACCAGCUUGUGCGAUGAAAACAAACCCGAAAGCAAAUCCAGCAUUGCUCAGCGAGCCGAUUGUGAAAUUAAAAAGACUUUCGCCAAAAACUAUUUUGAAAUACACAAAGAGGGCAAAAGUAUCACCUAGCAUCGACAAUGAUAGUUCGAAAACUAUUAACAUCCGUUUGGUAGAAGAUGUUUCGAAAACAAAGAAAAUGUAUCGUGUCGUUGAGCCAAAACCAAUAAAAUUGAACGUUAAAUACAAAAACGUCGAUAUUUUAAUGACGAGCGAAAAUACAACUUUUUGCAUUCUUUGCAAAUCGAGGCCUAGUGACUUAACUAAUCACUACAGAAGAGUGCACAAAACUGAAUCAUAUGUAGCGCGAUUAAGUAGAUCGGCUUUGAGUCUUCUGGAAACUAAUACUCCAUUUGCACAAAGCAAAUCCAAGGGCACAAAUUGCAAAAUGAAAAAAUAUUUGCUAAAAUGCGUAUUCUGCCAGGAUGAAGUAGAAGAUAAGUUUAUAAACUUUUACAAACAUUUUUCAACCCAUACAGGCGAGUAUGCCUUCCAAUGCAGCGUUUGCAAUUUGGAAAAACCUUUUGAAUUCGAUAUUCAGUCUCACAAGUGUCAUACCAAGUCUUGCCGGAAUGCACGUGUAAAUACCCUUUAUCAAUAUCCACCAAAUGCCCUGGUUAUAUAUUUAUAUGGUUGCAAAAUAUGUAAUUUUUUGCAAUUAAAUGAGGCCAAUACAUUCAAGCAUUUGCGAGAUCACCACGAUAAAAGGCAAGAUGAUUCUAAUUUAAUUCGCAAAUACAUCUUGGCAGCUGUAAACGAUGAGGAAGUGUGCGAGGCGACCUCUGAACCAGAUCCAAACUUUGAUUUCCUGAAAGAGGAUGAGGAUAUUUUGGUUCGAAAUGAAGCACUCUCUGAGGAUAUGCUAGAUUUCCACAAAAUCGAAAAUGGACCAAGCGGAUAUACCAAAUCCACCUCGUUAGGUGAGCCGCAAUCCGUCGUGGAAAAUGGCAGAGCUAUCAAUACAAGUAUAGGAGGAAUGGUGGAGUUACCAACUAGCAGCUAUAUUUAUAAUGAAAAUAUAGACAGCGCACUAACUAAUACCAUGGCUCCGAGUAUGAUAGAUGAAUCACAAACAAUUAUUCCUUCACAACCUGCGCAACGAAAUGAUAAACGGCCUGCACCUUUAUCAUCCAUGGAAAAUCUUGUAGGCGUAAGCGGCGCGUCUCAUUUGGAACUCAUAAAAACUGAACCCCUCGACGUAUUGCCGUUGCAAAAGGAAAAUUAUGACUACAAGAAACUGUUAAAUACCUGCCGCAAAGUCCAUCGCCAAUAUCCGUUUGGAAUUUCCUACUUUGGUUUAUAUAAGUGCAUGGCAACUGACUGCUUAUUUUCAACGGAUUUAAAGCAAGAAAUCUUACAGCAUCUAAGCGAGCAUCGAAGAAGUGAAUACCCACCUGAAGGAUAUCUGCAAUGCGCUUAUUGUCAGCUGGAUGCAGAGAUUUGCAACACACCCGAAAUGUUGAUUGAACACAUUGACAAAUGUCAUCACCGUUCGCAGUUUCAAUGUUCAGUUUGUUGUUAUCGCGCUUCGUCGCCGAGUUAUGUGUUUUUGCAUGAACAAAUGUUACAUCCUUUUGUGCUGGAUAAAUUUGUAUAUAAAUGCACAUUUGACAUAACGUUGGACUACAGCAUACCAUACAAUAUUACAGAUUUAUUAGAGGAAAACGUGGAACCGCUUAUUUGCCCGUUUGAAGACUGUUUUUACAGUUUUCAGAGUUUGAGUGGGAUGCAAGAUCAUUUGAUGAGCAUGCAUUCUUUGCCUGUUAACAGUGCAUCUGUCACAGGGCUUGAAAAAUAUGCAUGCAUCUAUUGUCAAAAGAAUUUUCAUGACAUUGACGGCGUCAAAAAGCAUUUAGUUUUGUCACAUCCCGACCAGCAGCCGUAUGUAUGCGAGAGAGUGCUUGUGAUGGAAAAGAAGGAUUUGGUGCAAAACCUGACAAUAACAUUUGUGUCAUUGCCAAAUGUACCACCCGAAAACAUCAAACAAGUAAAUUUAAAGGAAGAAUUAGUGUCAAAUGAAAGGGAUACGUGGUUGGAUAACCCGACCAAAUCAGAAUCGGUGAUCUCGGGAGAUAUCUCAGUGACCAACUUCAGCGAAACAGAUGUCAAUCAGGGCGGAAGUGAAACCAAACCAAAUCUAGAUCAAUUAAUGCAAACAGCGGAGGAGAGCGUCCGACGAAGCUUAUUGAAAUUAACUGGAAGUACAGGCAUCUUACCCAAUUUAUUAUACCGCUGCCCUCAACCCACUUGCGGUGGCUUCUUCUCAUCCUACGACUUAUGGUAUAGGCAUAUGAGUGUGCGCCAUUGCUGUAUCAUUAGUGUGUGUCCACAUUGCCCAAAUGAAAAGAAAAAGGAGCUACCUUUGGUUGAUUUCAAAGUACAUUUUCAGCAACACUGUUGUCAUCUUUAUGGCUGCUACCACUGUGGCGAAACAUUUUCCUGUAAGCAGGCAACAAUUGAUCACAUAAUACUUUUACAUGCAGAUAUAAGUCCAGAUGCUUAUGCAAUACGAGUCGAGAAAGUGCCACUAUACUUUAAUCAACCGUUUCAUGUACUUAUGAAAUCAAAGGAAUGCGAUGAACCGAUACUAGAUAGAUAUUGCUUUCUGCUUGCACUGCAAGAUAUUGUGCUAAACCGUUGCAAAUAUGUUGAGAAAGUAUACUUCGAUUCCAUAAAAACUCAAUGGGUUGUACCAUUAACAGCUUCGUGGUUGGAAAAUUUCCCAAGCUUCAAAAAUAAUGAUAACAUCAAACGGAAAUGCUUCUGUCAAAACUGUCCCUUUCAAACAUUUAAUAAUGAAGCUUUUUAUGAACAUUUG